AUGCCGGACUUUUCUGAAGCUUGCCCGGUCUACGCGCCGUUUUUCGGUGUCAUGGGGUGCACGGCAGCUAUCGUCUUCACCUGCUUAGGUGCCUCCUACGGAACCGCCAAAUCCGGUGUUGGCAUCGCUGCCAUGGGCGUCUUGCGGCCUGACCUCAUCGUGAAGAAUAUUGUCCCUGUUAUUAUGGCCGGUAUCAUCGGUAUCUACGGUCUCGUUGUUUCCGUCCUGAUUUCCGAUGGCCUUACCCAACGACUUUCCCUCUUCACCAGUUUCAUCCAGCUGGGUGCGGGUCUCUCGGUGGGUCUCGCUGGUCUGGCUGCCGGCUUCGCUAUCGGUAUUGUUGGUGACGCGGGUGUGCGAGGGACUGCCCAACAACCUAGACUCUUCGUCGGCAUGAUUCUUAUUCUCAUUUUCGCCGAAGUGCUGGGUCUAUACGGCCUCAUCGUGGCUCUGCUCAUGAACUCCAAGGCUGGCAGUGACACCAGCUGCUAA